AUGAUGAUGCUUCGUUACCUUGCCUUCAGCGGCGUCAUGGCCUCUGGCAUCGUAGCCAGGGACCCAAUGUGCCACUUCGUCUACACGGUCAACAUAUGCACCAUAGUUCGUGAGACGGCAUGCCUCACUGGCCUUUCUGUUGGUGGGGUAGUCCCCGACGACUACACUGUCACUCGUACACGGUCCCCGUCUUCCACCAAGACUGACGAUGAUGAGUCUGCCACGGCCACGGCCACCAGCACCGAGGACCCAGACGAGGUCACCUCUACGGCUGCUCAGCCUUCCUCUACCGAUGACAACGAUAAUGCCGCUGCUGGUUUUUUCGUUGCUAGAAAUGCCUACCUGUACGGUGUUGCUGGUGUGGCUGGCGCUGUCCUCGUGUGA